AUACGUGGGGAAAACGGUCAAGAACGAGCUGCAUCGGGAAGUAAUAAAGCUCAGGUGAGGAAGAGGGAAAAUACGUGAAUGACUGACAGACACUAAUAAAAUUUGAAAAUGCUUUUCCUGUACAUUACAGAAAGUGGGAAAGGACAAUUUAAGUCUAAAUGGAAUUUCCCGUUAACUUAACACGAUGCCAUCAAACUGCUGUUAUUGCAUUUGCCUUUUCCAGUUAAAAACAGAGGACAGGAUCCCAGAAAUAUAAAAAUAUAAAGUGGGAAAAUUCAAAAUAUGCAUACAAUUAUGCUUAAAGUGGGCGACGGAUGAGUCACAUGCGCUCUUUGUUCACAAGGUGUCACUGUGGGACUUAUCAAGGAUGCGGAGAGCAGAUAUUCAUUUUUUUCCCCUUCAAAAAAAUGAAGCACUCGGCAUGUCAGCAUCAUUUCAGGAAUGGUGCUUUGUAAAAAAUUUUUAAAUAUUCAAUAGGAAACUGCUGGUAUGUCUGCUUUUCAGGAGCCGAUGUUUGCUUCUCCGUCAAUCUCGUAAUAAGUCUCGGAACUUGGAAUUGUUCACAUUUCAGCCAUCCACCUCAGAUGCCUCCCCCGCCCCUCGUUCCCACCAGUCCGUCGCCGACUGCGCAUGCACCCGAACGUGGCGGCUAAAACGAGGGCGCGCUCAUCCAGGCUGCCUGUCGACGGCGGCAUCGCAGAUGUGACUGGUUGAGACUCGGUAAGUCUCACGUGUUCUGCGGUCAAUUAUUGUGCGAAACCUGGAAUGCGUUUUAGUAUUCCUCAUGGACGUGUGUGUGUGUGUGUGUGUUUUACGCUUAACAACGACUUUAAUAAUGCGCAAGACCAGUAAAAAUUAACGUCACAAAUGAAAUUUGAAGGGACGUUUUGUUUUUUUUGACAAUGUGAUGGUGAUUUUCAGAUCAACAUUAGUGACUGUCAAAAAUAGUCGUGGAACUUCCGCUACUCUUGCUGUACGUAGAAAAAUCACUGCUUGAUUGCAGAUCAGUUUUAUUUAACUAAUGAUUAUUACAUUUGCAUUUAAUUUUUAAGAACGUUUUGCUUUAAUGCAUUUAACAUGGUCCAAGUUUUUUUUUUUUUUUUUUUUUACAUUUAAUGCUUCAUUUUUUCACUUAACUCAAUUGUCAACGAUUUCUUUAAACUUUAUUUUGCAGUAUUCAAGUGCAGUAUUAGUGUUCAUAAUGCUAUAGUGGAUUCUUGUAUUACUACAUCUACUUUUGGGGAAUAACACCUGUGUCAUUUUUGAUGAGCACUAUGCCAAUGAUACUACUUUAUUUGAAUAAUAAUAAUAAUAACAACUUUUUGUAUCCAGGCGUCCAUCUUCCACUUAUCGAGGGACAGUAGUUUAGCGGGGAAACCCAGAUUUUAUAUAAAUUUAUGUAACAUCUCUUAAAACAUUAUUACAGAAUGCUUUGACAGAUGGAGUAGAACACAAAAAAAGCACAGACAGAUAUUGUCAUAUUCACAACAAAAUGUAAAUAAAUACCUUUUAAAAUGCACAAAGUCCAAUGUCCAAUAAAAAUAAAGGUAAAAUUCAAUGAAAUGAGAUGAAAAUGUGUUAUUAAUCAUGUCAGUCAAGAUGGUGGUUCUUGGACGCUAAAUAUUUAUUUAUUUUAGGCGGAACGUUGUGCAAAAGGCUUGGAAAGCAUUGAUCUUGGGCAAUAAUUGGGAUAUUCUAAAAGGAGCCAAAUGUUCAGCGGUGACUCAAUGACCUCGUGGCAAAUCACCAAGCAAGAUUAUGUAAUUUAAUCCCACCACUGACCGGGGCUUUAUUCCAACAAUCCCCUGUACAGAAUGCUUAUUAUUCUGGCAUUGUUACAUCCCGUUGCCUGAUCCUCAUGCGGGAUUGUGGCGCUAUUGACAGUUGUAAUUAAUGGCAAAAAUAAGGCGUGGGUUAUUCAAGCGGGGCAUCGGAUAGCGCACUGAUAUUUUGUUAGCAUUUUGCUGUGAGACAAAUUGGUGGAGCGUCAGUUGCACAAGGCAGAUGAUAACUGCUUGCUUAUGAGACUUUACACCGAUAACUGGCAUUUUUUUGUCCAUCCGAUCGGUUUUGAUGUCAUAAUUCGCUGACCCGAUCAAUGAUGUCACAGAUCAGCUCAGAGAAAGACAUUUACUCUGCAUCGCUGUCGUGCACAGUAUAUCCGACUCCAAAAACAAAUUUUUAUUUCGAGAUGUUUAUGUAAGUUUUAUUGUGUCUUUUUGAAUGGCUGACAAAGCUAUAUUUUAAAAAAAAAAAAUAAAAAAAAAAAAAAAAAAAAAGAUUUGAGAGACACGUUGAGUGAAAGACGGCACAUAAUGCACGGAACAGAUAAACAAAAUCUUGAAUUUUUGCUUGAUGUACAGCGUCAGCAGUUGAACAAGUCUGUCAUACUUUACGCCUCAUAAUGUGAAGAAAAAGUCGUUGCCUGGAUGGCAGUAUAUGUUUCUCCAAAAACAGUUUUGUGUCGUUCAGCAGUAAUGGUGCCUUCACUGAUGUGCAAAUUUCCAAUGGCACUAACACGCCCCCAUACCAUCAAAGAUGCUGUUUUUUUUUUAUUUACAUUAAAUUAGUAUAUUUGAUAGCUUUUCUUUUUAGUGUAUUCAAUUAAAUAUAGGUUGAACCUGAUUUGCAAAUCAUUGUAUUGUUUUUAUUUGUUUAACACAGGGUUGCAACUUCAUUGGAAUUGGAUUUGUGUAUGGGUUAGCCUAAAUAUAAAGAGUCCAAGACAUUUUUGAAGUGUUGAUCUUGCAUUAUUCUCAAAGGUCUUUUCUACUAAUAAGGUUAUCGUUUUCCCCAGACAGGGAGCAUUUUUCUCUCAUGGCGAUCGCAGUCUAUAACAUCUCAGCUACCUCUGCCAGGGUGAGCUGGCCCCCGUUGGCUGGCUGCCUGGACACCUUCUACAGCGUCAUGUACAGCCCCAACUGGAACAGCCUGCUCAUGGCCUUCAAGCGCAAGAGCUUCAUGCACGAAGAGCGCAUCCCCGUCAGCCAGACCGCGACCCACCUGGCCAACUUGCUCCCGCAGACCACCUACUUACUAUGCGUCACGUGCCAGGCCGCCAACCCGGUGCGGGACCAGUGCCAAGCAUUCGUGACCCUCAACAACAGCGGCGAGGGGCAGGACCGGACCGGCUGGGAGCUGGGCACAGGCGCCUGGUUGACCUGCUGCAUUUUGCUGCUGGUCAUUGCUGCCGUCCUGCUGUGGGGGUGCCUACAAGGGGUCUGCACGGGUCGGGGGGGCGUCGGUAUUGGAGGAGGCUGCUCGGUGGUGACCGACGCAGUCCGGUCGGGUCGCUCGUCGUCCGGUCGGCUCUACACGCCCAGGGGCAGCUGCGACAACGGCGACCUUCACGAGCUCAGGACGCUGGCUCGGCUGUCCGGGAGCGAGCCGGUUUGAGGCAAUUGGAUUGAGGUCAUCGCCGUAUUGUCCGGCCCAACGAAUUAUGUAGUCGUGUAUUAUGGAUUAUUAUGGAAUCCUAUGUGUCGGGAAAUAAAACCAAGCCAAUUCAAAUUGACUGCUUAAUUCAGUCUUUUAAUCUGCAUGAGUGAAUCUCUUAAUCCUAGUAAGUAAGGUAAAGUGGAGCAGUUGUGGAUGAGAGUCCAUGUUCGAAUCCCGUGUCAAUAGGCCAAGAACCUACCAUAAUAACUCAAAUACGAAGAGUGUGUGUGUGGGGGUGGGGGCUUAGUUUAGUUCUUAAAAUCAACGUCAUAACAUGAGUUGACUAAGUAUGGCAGACGUACAUCUGACGUACCUAUUACUGCAUCUUCACAAUUUUUUUGUAUAUACAUUUUUAAAUGUAGUGAGUUUUGGCAGUUCUUGUGUCAGUUUUCUACCUUUUAGUCAGAUUUGUUUUUGUUGUGUUUGCAUCCGUUUUAUGCAUGAUUUCUGUCAGGCUUUUUUGUUCUGAGUGAAGCUAUGGCUGAGAGAGAGACCAGGUUUCAUUCCUAAGUGAGGAUUUCAGUUUACGAGUUUACCGUCCCUACGACGUUAACCUAGCUCCAAUUUGUAUGUAUACGGGUGUUAACUCAAGGUGGGUAAA